GCGGAACCGGCCAUGACGGACUUUAAGCUGGGGAUCGUGCGCCUCGGCCGGGUGGCUGGCAAGAUCAAGUAUACACUAAUUGAUGAGCAAGAUAUCCCACUUGUGGACAACUAUUCAUUUGAAGCUCGAAUGGAAGUGGAUGCUGAUGGCAAUGGGGCUAAGAUCUAUGCGUAUGCAUUUGACAAGUACAAAGGAAGGGGAUCUGGGCGCUUACUUCACGAACUGCUUUGGCAGCGGCACAAAGGUGGCAUUGCUCAAGGUUUCCAGGUGUUGCAUUUAAAUGGCAUUACAGUUGAUAACAGACUGGAUAAUCUACAAGUGGUUCCUCGGGGCUGGAAACCUGAAAUAGAGGAAGUGUCUAAUAAGCAAAGGGAACAGUCUCUUUACUGGCUGGCUAUACAGCAACUCCCCACUGACCCCAUAGAAGACUUGUUUCCACUGCUGAAUGUUACUCGUUGUUACAACGCUAAUGGAGAAGUGGUGCGGGAGGAGGAGAACUCCUGCACAUAUUAUGAGUGUCAUUAUCCUCCUUGCACCAUGAUGGAAAAACAGUUGCGUGAAUUUAACAUAUGUGGUAGAUGUCAACUAGCAAGAUACUGCGGUACCCAAUGCCAACAAAAGGACUGGCCUGCCCACAAAAAGCACUGUUCAGAGAAGGUGCGACUGUCUCAAUGUGAGCCGGAGCCAGAGCGGUGACCCCAGCCAUGUGACUUUGUACUGCAGCACGCUCCAUGUUUGUUAGGAGAACGUUCUAUGUUCUGCACAUUCAUAAGUGACUGGUCAGUAAUGCCAGAGGCACUGAAGAUAAUCCUGUGAUGCUUGAGCGAAUGUAGGGCUAUGAUGGACAAUGCCACAUAGAAUUGGCUGUAAUGGACAAUGCCGCCUGGAACUGUGAUGACUGAAGGAGUGGGGCCUUCCAUUCCAGUAUUAGAAUUUGUCUCACAGACUACUGUGAAAGCUCCAACCAGGAGCUUGUAAUUUAUGUUGUUUGUAAAAGUUAAUGUACAGUUUUUUUGGUUUGUUUUUUAAAUGGUUGAGGCUACAAGCAGUUGAUCCCAGUUUCCAAAAUGAGCCCUUACAAGCUCCACGUUCAGCUGUCCUUUUUCGUAUUUUAUUCGCGUAACAUUUUCACAGCAGCAACGCCGAAUGCCUUUUGGAUGUCUGGUCGACUG